AUUGUAAUCAUCAACUUCCGAUCGAUCUGCCAUUUUCUUUCUUCAAUUCAAUAACAUGGAUAUCGACGAACCACCAUCUCCAGCAGCACCUAGGUCGUCGUUGCCACCAAGCAGCGCUCCCAUGGCCACCAUGUCCUCUUCUAAUGGAACACCCAGAUCUGCAGGCAGGAGACCAGCCUCUGAUGCACUUGCAUUUAACGACGAUGAAGCUGAGGAGGCAGAAGAAGACGGUGCUACAGCGAGACGGAGAAGGCGACCCAAAAAUCAGCAAAACGGUGAUGUCCCACUUGUUAGAGAUGCUGUUGGCGAGAGCGUGUCUGAGAGCUUCGAGUCUUUCUUAAAGACGUUUACAGAAGAAGUCGCAUUGGCCUCAACGCCGGCAUCCGAUGGUGACCUUCCAGAGGUCAUCGAGGGUGAAUUGAUCUACAUCCAGCAAAUCCACACUAUGCGUGAAUACGAGAUAACCACCCUUUAUGUCGACUUUACACAUCUCCUACAAAAAGAUGACGUCCUUGCAGACGCUAUUCAGAAGCAGUACUAUCGUUUCCUUUCCUACCUCCGUCGCGCCCUGCACAACCUUGUCGCAGAGUAUGAGCCUGAGUAUCUCAAGAUCAAUCCUACAGCCGCUACAACCGACUCUGCAAACCUCCAGUCACGAGAAUUCAAUAUCGCAUUCUACCAUCUACCUCUAGUAUCCGGUAUCCGCGAUCUAAGAACCGAUAAGAUAGGCACCUUAAUGAGUAUCAGCGGCACUGUCACUCGCACUAGCGAAGUGAGGCCUGAACUCCUUUACGGUAGCUUCAUCUGUGAAGUCUGCGGUGGUCUCGUCAACGAAAUAGAGCAGCAAUUCAAAUACACCGAGCCAAGUCUCUGUCCUAAUCCUACAUGCGGAAACCGCGUCGCAUGGCAACUUCAAAUCGAUACUUCCAAAUUCACGGAUUGGCAGAAGGUCCGCAUACAGGAGAAUCCAUCCGAGAUACCCACCGGUUCCAUGCCUCGAUCUCUGGACGUCAUCCUUCGUUCUGAGCUUGUCGAACGUGCCAAGGCAGGAGAUAAAUGUGUUUUCACUGGAACCUUUAUUGUUGUCCCGGAUGUCAGCCAGCUCGGACUGCCAGGUGGAAACAAAGCGGAGCUAAUGCGUGAAGCGAGUAAGGGUGGGGCAAAUGCGUCAACAGGUGGUGUAGGUGGAAGUGGUGUAACAGGGCUUAAGAGUCUUGGUGUGCGGGACAUGCAGUACAAGACUGCAUUCCUAGCAUGCAUGGUGCAUGACGCUGAUGGCAGGGGUGGUACUAAUGUUCGUGGAGAGGAGGAGGAAGGUGAAGAAGAUGGACAGGCAUUCCUCCGCUCGCUGACCGAGCCUGAGUUUGAUGAGCUCAAGAGCAUGAUUGACUCGGAUCACAUAUACUCUCGGCUGGUGGAGAGCAUUGCACCCACCGUGUACGGUCACGAAAUUGUCAAAAAAGGACUCCUUCUGCAGCUGAUGGGCGGUGUCCACAAGCAAACAGCUGAGGGCAUGCACCUCCGUGGGGACAUUAACAUCUGCAUUGUCGGCGAUCCUUCCACCUCAAAAUCACAAUUCUUGAAAUACAUUUGCUCUUUUCUCCCUCGAGCAGUCUAUACAUCUGGCAAAGCCUCGUCGGCAGCAGGUCUGACAGCUGCCGUCGUCAAAGACGAAGAGACCGGUGACUUCACGAUCGAAGCUGGUGCACUCAUGCUUGCAGACAAUGGCAUUUGCGCUAUCGAUGAAUUCGACAAGAUGGACAUUUCCGACCAAGUCGCUAUUCACGAGGCGAUGGAACAACAGACAAUCUCUAUUGCGAAGGCGGGCAUUCAUGCGACCCUCAACGCUCGCACGAGCAUCCUCGCUGCAGCUAAUCCCAUCGGUGGACGCUACGAUCGCAAGCGGACGCUACGGGCCAACGUCGCUAUGAGCGCUCCGAUUAUGAGCAGGUUCGAUCUGUUCUUUGUUGUACUGGACGAGUGCGAUGAGAAGACGGACCUGAACAUUGCUAAGCAUAUUGUAAAUGUGCAUCGGUUCCAGGAUGAAGCUAUUAAUCCGGAGUUCAGUACGGAGGCUCUGCAGCGGUACAUCCGGUAUGCCAGGACGUUUAACCCCAAACUGACUCCAGAGGCCGCCGAUAUCCUCGUAGAGAAGUACCGCAUCCUCCGACAGGAUGACGCAACAGGAGCAGGGCGUCAUUCCUACAGGAUCACCGUUCGUCAACUCGAAUCGAUGAUCCGCUUGAGCGAAGCCAUCGCGCGUGCCAACUGCACAGCAGAAAUCACGCCAGUUUUCGUGCGAGAAGCAUACACUCUUCUGCGCCAAAGUAUUAUCCACGUCGAACAAGACGAUAUCGACUUUGAUGAGGAAGAAUUAGAGGGCGAGCGCGAGGCGCGGAACGCUCCUGCCAAUGAGACCUCAGAUGCAAUUGAAGAGAGCCAAGAUAUCGAGAUGAGUGCAGCAGAAAUAGAAGCGAUGGACCAGAUGGAGGAUGAAAGCUCUCUGGGCAUGGCCCUGAACCGCACUGCUACGAGCAGUGGUGGUGCUGGACCAUCGUCAACGUCGCGCGCGGGCAGCAUGGUGCCUGAUGUUGCACCACCGCCUGCCCCCGCCCCAAAGAGAAGGAUGAUCAUAACGCACGACAAAUACAUGACACUACAGAGCCUUGUAGUUUUGCAUCUGUCUGCAGUUGAGCGGGAGACUGGGCGGGGCGUUGACCGUGAUGAGCUGAUUGAUUGGUAUUUGGAGCUGAAGGAAUCGGAGAUUCAGGACGUGGAUGAACUGGAGUAUGAGAAGGAGCUCAUUUCAAAGCUACUGAGGAAGUUGGUGAAGGACAACUACCUCAUCGAGGUGCGUGGCGAUGUUCAAGACUCGCUGCCAGAGUCUAUGACGGAUGACUCUGCGCCGGCUCAGCCAUCCAGCACUCAAGAUGGAGAAAAUGUAAGAGUGUAUUAUAUGGUGCAUCCGUCGGUGGACACGGAGGGCACUUCGUCUGUGGCAUGAUAUUGUCGCCAUUUUUUUCCGAGUAUCUGUUGGGCUCUCUUGUACAGUCUCGCCCACUUGUUGUCUUGCUUGUUGUAUUUAUUCCAUUCCCCUCACUCGGGGUCCGACAUUUUAUAAUACGAUGGAAAGAUAUUGGUUGGGGUAGUGGUGAACUUAGACAAGAAAGUGUCUGUUGCCCGACAGCGAGGAUCGAUCGAAUACGGACUGCUCGCCAUGAGCGCUUGAGCACUUUACCCUUGUGCAUUAUAAUAGCAAGUCGCUCCCUCACUCUCCAGACUCAGC